CACUAUAAAAGCCAGCGGUGCUUGAGAAAGUUCAGUCAGUGUUCACUUAAGCAUUUCAGUAUUAAGUAUAACGACCUUUAGUUCUGUCUUUGAAUAGGAUGUCUGGCAUUUAUCUAUUGGCAUGCAUGCUGUGCCUGGCCGUUGGCAGCAGCCUCGGCGUGAUCCUGGAGGGCAACUACAAUGUGACUUCGGUGUGCACAUUGGUCAAGGCGGGCACACAGCUGGGCAGCAUUGUGUCGUGCGACUAUUAUUAUGUGUGCACCCCGAACGGACCCGUGCAGACCUAUUGCCAGAAGGGCUACUCGUAUGACUAUAAGGCCCAAACCUGCAGCCCAUCGUCUCAGGUGCAGUGCUAUUAUGGCUCACAAGAGCCCUGCGCUGAAGUCACCGGCGAGGGCUGGGUACCAGUUGCCAACACCUGCAAUCAGUGGAUCUACUGCAAAAACGGCGUAGCCGGCGGCCGCGGCACUUGCGGUGAUCUGACCUUCAGUGUGCAGUUGCAGCGAUGCACUGCUGAGAAGUGUAAUGUCUUAGCCGGAAGCGAGGGAGUGACUCUUAACAACAUCUGCCAGGUGGUGCCACCUAAUAUUUACUUUGGCGAUCCCUUCAAUUGCACCAAGUACCAGUAUUGCUACCCAGAUGGCAGUUACGCAUCCGGUGAUUGCACCACGACUGCUUUCAUUGUAUCAUCUCAACAAUGCGGGUAUGAUACAAACGGGGCCUGCGAUCGCAUUCAACAAGGAGGAUUAUCCGAAUCUUGCGAUAAAGUCGGCGAAAUCAGGGGCGAUCCAAACGUGUGCGGCAACUAUCAAGUUUGCAAUGGCAAUACCUAUGAUCUGAAGAGCUGUCCCAGUGGCCAGUACUUUAAUGUUGCGACAACCAGCUGCUUGCCUCGUCUGCAGGCAGUACCAGAACCGGGCUGCAAUCGUUGCCAGUACGCGACAACAACGUUUGUGAAUGCUAUCAGCAAUGAUAACUGCAAUACCUACUACUACUGCAGCAAUGGCGUCAACGGCAAUGUUACCACAUGCCCAGAAAAUUUCUUCUUUAACGAACUUCAGCAGGGCUGCGUCCCAUAUCGUGGUCUGCAAAACUAUGGCACCGUCUAUCCUGCUUGCGCUGGCGCCGUUGCUCCAGCGACGACCCCUGCACCGCCAACAUCAACAGUCGAUCCAAAUGCCCCAACCGAAUCAACUGGCACAACCGAUCCAGAUGUCAAAACAGAAUCAACUGCCACACCCGAUCCAGAGGCCAUAACAAAAUCAACUGUCACAACAGAAUCCGGAUAA